UUUGGUUCGUAGUUACACAUCGACCACCACAGGAAAGCCAGCAAACGGUCAAUAAACCGCCGGCGUUUCUCCGGAGUGAACUUCAGAAUUUUAACCCAUUUUCUCUGCAAAGAUGGAAAAUUCAACUCAGGAAUCGAACCUCCGAUCUGACAAUACUGUCACCUAUGAUUCUCCAUACCCAAUUUUCGCCAUGGCGGUGUCCUCCUUCGGUUCCGCCACCAACGGCCUCCGGCGACGCAACAUUGCCGUCGGCAGCUUCAUCGAAGAGUACAAAAACCGGGUCGAGAUUCUCUCCUUCGAAGAAGACACUGUAACUCUCAAGCCAAACCCGGGGCUAGCCUUCGAUCACCCUUACCCACCGACGAAGCUGAUGUUCCACCCAAACCCUACAUCCGCCGACCUUCUCGUCUCCUCCGGCGACUACCUCCGGCUCUGGGAAGUCCGGGAAUCUUCCGUUGAGCCGAUUUCCACUUUCAAUAACAGCAAAACGAGCGAAUACUCCGCCCCGCUGACCUCCUUCGAUUGGAACGAGGUUGAGCCGCGGCGGAUCGGGACAUCUAGCAUCGACACCACCUGUACGAUCUGGGAUAUCGAGAAAGGGGUCGUAGAAACCCAAUUGAUAGCCCACGACAAAGAGGUAUACGACAUAGCCUGGGGGCAGGCCGGAGUUUUCGCGUCGGUUUCCGCCGACGGGUCGGUCCGGAUCUUCGAUCUGAGAGAUAAAGAACACUCCACGAUCAUAUACGAGAGUCCUCAGCCGGAGACGCCAUUGUUGAGGUUAGCUUGGAACAAGCAAGACCUGAGGUAUAUGGCGACCAUUUUAAUGGACAGUAAUAAGAUUGUGAUUUUGGAUAUAAGGUCGCCGGCGAUGCCGGUGGCGGAGCUUGAGCGGCACAACGGCAGCGUGAAUGCGAUUGCUUGGGCCCCACAGAGCUACAGGCACAUAUGCUCUGGUGGAGAUGAUGGUCAGGCCCUUAUCUGGGAAUUGCCCACCGUUGCAGGCCCAAAUGGGAUUGAUCCGUUGUCUAUGUAUUGGGCUGGAUCCGAAAUUAAUCAGCUCCAGUGGUCUGCGGCCCAGCCUGAUUGGAUUUCCAUUGCGUUUUCUAACAAGUUGCAGAUGCUUAAAGUGUGAGCUACAUAGAUAACAAAGUUUGCAUCUUUACUAGAUUUGUAGGAGUGUAUGUGCUGGGUUAUUGGUCAUCAAUUGAUCAAUUAUUGUGUUUGGUAUGUACUAUUAUUAAGUUAGUGUGUUUGGUAUUUGUCAAUGAGAUUGUUUCAUGUUAUACUCCGUAAUAACUUACGGAGUACGUAGUAUAUAGUUAUAUGCCUUCCGUUUCGUUUGAUUUUCGGGGUUUCUGCCCCAACCCGCUGCAAUAUGCGGUGUUUAACGUGUUGAAAUAAGGCAUUUUCGGUAAAACGUCAAUUCCCAAACAACCCUUCCUCUCGGCUUAGAAUGAGUAUAUAUAAUUUGUUGAACAAGGACAUCCUUGACCUGUGGUUUUGCCAUAACACUUCAGAUUCGUUUGUACAAUGUGAUUUAGAUUUGUUUGUUUUUUAAAAAUUAUUAGACCUUGUUAAACUGUAUUUGUGUUCGAGA